CAGUGAGAUGAGCUGCAGACAGACUUUGCCGAGUCCCGGGAUCUCCCGCCAAACCAACUCAGUGCAAAUGGCGGCUGCUGUUUGCGAGUAGCGGCGGUGAGUGAGGUAAAUAAACAUGGGGCAUCCAUCUCACAAUGUACCCGAGCAUUGGCACAACAUGCUGGAGUAACUCAGCGGGACAGGCAGGGUCUCUGGAGAGAAGGAAUAGGUGACGAUUCGGGUCGAGGCCAUUCAGACUGAGUCGGUGGAGAGGGAGACAGAGGGAGCAUGAACAACUUUAAUGAGCUGGAACAGUUUCAGAAGCCAUUCCAAAUUCUGCUACACACCCUAACCGUGGGCACAUCGGGAGCUAUCAGUGCAUACCGUGUGUUGCAUCGUAUUCAGUCAAAACAGUCUCUUCAUUGGAGAACCUUCACAGAGACACUGUGCCAACCCGAGCCAUUUUUGGAAGGGAAUGAGCAGAAGCUAAGUCUACAGCCAUUGUUUUACCUUUUACCAGUAUUGGUCAGAAGAAACCUUUUAUCUUUCCUUCACCUGGCUAGUAGCCAUGUUCCGAAAGAAUGUCUGCAUCGUCUUAUCUCACAGUUGAAGAAAAACCCGGGUACGGAUCUUUGGGAACAGAAACUAAUUGAUGUGCUGGAGCACGACUUGGAAGGUGGAUUGGGUUAUUCAAAGUCUGAUUUGCAUUCAAACAGAUUUCAGGAGCAAUUGAAACACAUAAGUCACAAGUUGAUGGGAAAUUCUGAAGUUUGUUCAGACACUGAGAAGAGGUUGGGAUGGUACUAUAAACAACAAAUUAUCAGCAAUGGUAAAUCAUGUGAAAGUACUGAAGACAACAUAGCAUUGACGCAGAACUCUAAAAAACGGAAAAAUGUAGACGAUGCUGCUCUUUUCGAAGACGAUGAACAAAAUAUAACAAAGAAAAUGAAAUUAGACAAAGAAGACGUCUGUUUGGAACCAUUUGUUGGCAGGGAGAUCCAGGAUACAACUGCAAAUGUGGGAAAUGCGAAUCCUAUCCAUACACUCGUACAAAACAAAAUGGGCACUGUUGAAGUAGAACAGAAAGUCCUUCCGAAAAUAGAAGAAAUAGUUGGUCUACCUGAACAUAUCAAGUCUUCAGUAUCCACACUGAGAGAUAUAUUCGAAGCAGAUUCAGAUAAGCUGGAAACACCUGAAGAAUUAAAUAUCCUCAAUCAAUGUGAUCCAAACCAGCUGGAGAAGCUCUGUUUAUUAUUACGGCUGUCCGAGCUCUCAGAGCACCAACUGCCCUUGGCCUGCAACAAAAUGAUCUCCCUACCAUCUGACCUCAGUUACAGCAAUGCGACUGUGCUUGCUCAGAAUCUCUUCCUGACAAGGGUACUCUUACUGACGGAGCCUGCUUCACGCUUUCUAAUGGCUGCCAUCACUUUGUUUUACAAGAAAUAUCCACGCCCAACCUGCAGUGCUCUGAUUGGGCCACUCCUUCAGACUCCAGAUAUAGGAAAUAUUCAAGUUGAGCUGAUUUGCAGACUUGUUGAAGACUGCAUUGAACCAGACUAUUUAACAGUGACUUUCAGAUACGUCCUGUUCGUAACAUGGAGUGAAGAAAUACUCUCCGUGGUCCAUAUAUUGCUUGAGAGGAAGGUAGACCUAUCUUGUGAACUGUUUGAACAGUUUAUUCAAAAGUUAAGCCAACAAGCCGGGAGAUUCAACAACUCAGUAAAAUAUGCCAAGAUGGUCCUAGCUACACUUACAAAGUACCCAACCAAUAUAACACUCGUUCACAAGAAUAUGCUGUUCAAUGUCUUGGUAAACCAUACCACAUUUCUGAAGAAAUCACUGCAGGUGGCACUGAAACAUAUUAAUGUAUAAUUUGAUAUAUUUUUAAUGCUAGUUUUGUUAUGCAUUGUCUUGAUUAGCAUACAUGGUUCCAAUGGUUCAUAACUCAUCAAUAUACUUAUAAAAUUCUGAUCUUGGAUGUGGACGUAUUUGUGUGUUUUUCUCCUCGAAAACACAUUGCGCUAACGGUGAAAUGUUUACAUAUUCCGAUAUUUACCUCAUGAUCUCGAAAACAGUCUCACCUGAAAAUGUUAUUAAUUAUUUCUUGAGUUUAUUAAAAUUGUUCACAAAUCUGAAA